AUGCUUUGUCGAUCGGAUGCCAAGUUUAGGCGCCCUGGUAUAAUAGUUCCAUGCGAUAGUAGUGGGCUGCCUGGGGGGACUGUAUGUGGCUCAGCUUCGAGUGGACGGACCCCAUUGUAUCCUGUGGAGUAUGCUGACGAGGUACCUGGUGUCGGCGUUCCAUUAAAGAGGCGGUUGGGGAGGUCAAGAUCGGAUCUGGGUGGGUUUGUAACCUCCGCAAUUGCAUCGUUGAAAAAGUUGUCCAGCAAACUGUUAGACUGGUGGCUGCGAAAGCUGUGUUUUAAAUUUAGUUUGCGGCAGUACAGCUUGAAGUCUACCAGCACGUUGGUGGUGUUUGCUCUCCUCGUGGGUAUAAAGUUGAGCCCCUUGAGUAGCAGGUCGCUGGUCCCUGAAUCCAGUGGGACAUUGCUCAAAGUUGGCGUUGACAAGUACGUAUCAAACUACGAAACCAACACAGCAGAGUCUGAUAAAGAAUCAGUUCUCAUCUACCUAGACAAGAUUCCCCACAGCAGACAUGAAUGCUUGGAGAUUAAGACAAACCAAUUCUUUAAAGUGGGAUUGCUUCAGCCAGCUGCUGUCACCAUAUAUGAAUACCAUGAUCCUGAAAAUCGUUGUACCAGGUUCUACCAUCCAACUAAAGAUAGUGGCCUUCUGAGCAAAAUUUGUCUAGAUGAUGUAUGUAGAUGUGCUGAAGAAAACUGUGGCUUACAGAAGAAAUAUGAUCAAUCUGUCAGUAUCUCAAAUCGCAUUGAUGAAGCCUGUGCUCCAGGGGUUGACUACGUUUAUAAAACAAAGCUUCUUAGUGUGGAAAAUUCUACGAGCUAUGAUUACUACAAAAUGGAGAUCCUAGAAACUGUCAAAGAAGGGAGUGAUGACAUACACGUGGGAGCCCAAAGGACCUUCAUUACACAUUCAAACUGCAGAGAAUCUCUCAAUCUCCGAGUUAACAGACAGUACCUGAUUAUGGGGCAAAGAGCUGAUCUGUGGAAUUUACAAACAGAGAUGGCUUACAUUAUUGGAAAAAAUACUUGGAUUGAAUUGUGGCCAACAGAUUCUGAAUGCCAACAUGACAAGCUUCUGAAAAUGUGUACAGAUUUCCAGGAGUUUAGUGACACCUUGAUGAUUUCUGGUUGUCCAAGCUAGCCAUUCAAUAUGGAUAGUUAAAACUUUUGUGUUUUGUGUAAAAUGUUUCAAUGUGUGGAUUAAAUAGGGUGAUAACAGUACCUUUGCACAUCCCAGUUAUAUUCCUUGGACCUCAGUGUGGCUAUUUCUAGCAACAAGACUCUAAAAAAGCAAAAACUUUAUUACCCUGAUGCUUGAACAAACAUGAACAAAUACAAUCAAUGUCUAUCUGUAUUUAGUAUUGUAUCAAUAAUGCACUCUAUUAAACAAAAUUAUAUUUUUAAUCCAA